UUAAUUCGAAAAAUAAAGAAAUAAACCAGCGUUAAUGUUUGAUUGCAAAUGAAUGAUUAAUACAUGAUUAUUACAAGACGGAAAAAUUUUUAAAAAUGGAUUUAUCAAAAAUAAAACAGUCACGAAUUUUACAUCUAUGUGUAGGAAUUACAUUGAUUGCAAGUGGAGUUAUUGUAAAUUUAAUACAAGUCAUUUUAUAUUUAACACUAUUUCGAUUUAAUAAAUAUUUAUAUCGGAAAAUUAACUAUUAUUUAUGUUAUACAAUUUAUUCACAAAUAGUAUUUUGUGGUGAAUGGUGGGCAAAUAUUGAUUUAUAUGUGUAUGUAAAAAAAGGAGAAUAUGAUAAAUAUUUUGGGAAGGAGCAUGCAUACUGUAUUAUGAAUCAUUCAUAUGAAAUCGAUUGGGUUGUUGGUUGGGCAUUAUGUGAACGACUUCGAUUAUUAGGUAAUUGUAAAGCAUAUGCAAAAAAAUCAAUACAAUACGUGCCAGUGAUUGGUUGGGCAUGGAAAUGUGCGGAAUUUGUUUUCUUAGAAAGAUCAUUUGACAAAGAUAAAGAUAUAAUUAGUAAACAAAUAACAGAACUUGCUGAUCAUCCAGAUCCAAUUUGGUUGUUAAUAUAUCCAGAAGGUACACGAUUUACUGAAGAAAAACAUCAAGUUUCCUUAAAAUUUGCAAAAGAGAAAGGUUUACCACAAUUAAAGUAUCAUUUAAAUCCACGCACAAAAGGAUUUUAUGCAAGUUUACCAAGCAUGCGCGGUAAAAUACCAAGUGUUUUAGACAAUGAAUUAGUAUUUGAUCCAAACGAUGAAUAUCAACCAACAAUUAGGAAUUUAAUUAAUGGCAAAAAAUUUACGGUUCACUUAUACUUGCAUCGUAUACCAAUGGAACAAGUUCCAGAAGAUGAGGAAAGUUGUAAUAAAUUUAUGCAUGAUAUGUUCGAAAAAAAGGAUAAGCUGCGAAAAAGUUUUCUAGAAACUGGUGAUUUUUUUGCAACUUCCGGUGUUGAACGAGUUGAUGUCCUCAAACCACCGCGUAGAAUCUAUCCACUUAUUAAUUUUAUAUGUUGGAGUGUUAUUGUACUAGUGCCAAUAUUAAAUUAUUUACGAAUAUUAUUAUUUAGUGGCGAAAUAUUGUGGUUUUCAAUUGGUAUUGGUAUAAUUGCAUUAUUUGUAGUGUCACUAAAUAUGAUGGUUGGAAUGAGUGACGUUAGUAAAAGUUCAUCUUAUGGUAAAACAUCCGAGAAAAAAGUACAAUAAAGUAUUAUGGACGACAAAAUAUUUUGUUGAGUUAUACUUUUUGUUCAUAUAUUAUGAAUUGUUGCUUAAAAAACUAAACGAAUAAACAUAGAAUUUUUAUUUUUUACAUUAAAUAUACAUAAUACAGCACAAUUUUUUUUAUAUUUUAUU